AACCGAGCUCGCGAACAGGAACGCGGCUGUCACAUCGAGUUUUCGUGGCGUCGUUUCAAAUGAUCUGAUUCUGCGAGACAAGGAGUAUUAGUCCGUGUCCGAAAUUACCUUCAGAUGUCCCGCCAUGGACGCAGAUCUGUCAUCGCCCUACACUGAAUGCCUUUCCGAACAUGUUACACAAACACGUGCGGUCACUGCGUCCCCCCGCAUCCUCUCGCGAUAUUUCCAUCCUGCGCGUAGACGGCCGAGAAGAUGCAGGGAUCCAACUGAGUGAAGGCGUCUUCUCAAGGGGUAAAUUGGAAUGCAGAGAAUAUUGAGGGUGAUUUAAUAAAUGUCUGUUUUGAGUUUGUUGAGGAACCGAAAACCUGGUCCGUUGCCAGGAGCAGCUGUGAACAGCGAGGAGGGGAGCUCCUGAAGGUGAUGAUCAGCCCGAUCAAAACUCUCCUGAGGAACAUCACCAGAGAGAGAAACACCAGCAACUUCACAUGGUGGCUGGGGGAGGGGGUCCGAGGGGAACCCACCAUACACAUUGGUGACGUUUCAGAGUACAGCUGCACAUAUAUGAAGCUGAAUCCUCUUCAGCUCAUCAUAACAUCCGAGUGCAACCAGCAACGAGGCUUCCUCUGCACCCACAAAUUGCGGUCUUCGUCCAACACAAAGAAUACAAUAGUGGCCAGUCAUGCAAGCAGAUCUCGACUCAGAAGGAAUGUAGAUGCCAUGGGUUCAUCUGUCACAGACAUUAACAAACUUCUCCUGGAAGCAGAUAAAGAACUUAAGCGAAUGGAAACGACAGGAGGGGAGCCGACAAAUUACAACAGGUACAAAUUCAUUCAGUACUUGUUGGAGGGCACCAAAAAACUAACUCCGGAGUUUGCUUUGAGCCACAAUGACACCAUCAGUCACAUCAUCAGCUGUGGCAACGGCAUCCUCCUGCUCUCAAAGAAAAAAUGUGACAUCCAGACUAACCCAAACCCUACAUCUUUGUUUGAGGACGUUUUUGAGAUCUUCCGGACAAUCUCUUUGCUGUUGGGUUCAGUAACCACACAGAAAUUAGUCAUCAGGCACGGAACAGGCACCAUCUAUCAGAGCAAUCACAAACCUGCUGACCUUGGCAAUGCAGUGCUGGGUUCAGAGAUAGAUGGUGAGUUCAUUAAACUCCCCUCAUACUCAGCACUUCAGGCCCAGCUUGGAGAGCACAGCAAAAUCUUGGCUCAGAUGGCUACAUUCUCCAGGAAUCCCCAUCCCUCCAGUGACAACAUCUCAGGAACUCUUUGCAGCCUCUUACUCAGCAGUGGAGUCUCAGACAUUAAGCUGGCAAACCUGACAGAGAUGAUAGAGAUCUUUAUGCCUCGUCCAACUGCUUCAGCACUGAUGAGUAGUACCGCUGCGUUGGAGCAAAACGCAAAAGCGCUGGCCACAAUCAACGUCUCAGACCCCAAUGUGACCGUCGUCUUCAGCGUGGAGCCCAGUGCCAAUGUGUCACUGAUUCUCACCUUGUCUCAAGGGUCACCUCCUACAUCUACAUAUUCCAACAACACAACCAUCUUGAGCCCGGCAGGAGGCUAUUGCUGGAUGAUAACCCCAGAGAUGUUACAUCAGACUCCUGGAGUCUGGUAUGUUGACACCAGACUCUUUAAUUCCACAUGGGAGCCAGGCCUGACACUGAAUGUCACUUCUUUUAUGAUAAAGUGCCUUUACUGGCACAUAGAAAAGGAGAAAUGGAGUACAGAUGGCUGCCAGGUGGGAGAGAAAAGCACUCCAGACCGUACACACUGCCUGUGUAACCACCUCACUCUGUUUGGGAGCUCCUUUUUUGUGAUGCCAAACUACGUGGACAUAUCUCGUACAACAACGUUGUUUGCCACUGUGUCUGAGAACUAUGUGGUGCUGGCGCUGCUGUGCACUUUCUAUGGCCUCUACCUUGUCACUCUGCUGUGGGCCUGCUAUGCUGACCGCAGGUCAUGCUCUAAGAGGAAGAUGACUCUGCUGGAGGACACCCACCCAGGUGCUCAGUACAAUUACUUAAUGAGUGUCCAAACUGGCCAUCGAAAGAAUGCUGGGACUAGUGCCAUUGUCACGGUGAAGCUGACUGGCUCGGAGGGAGAGAGUGAAAGACACACCCUCACAGAUCCUGUUAAACCUGUUUUUGAGAGAGGAGCUGUGGAUAUGUUCCUAUUGGCCACACCCUUCCCACUGGGCGAAGUACGAAGCCUCAGGCUGCAGCACGACAACUCUGGAGGACACCCGUCAUGGUAUAUAAACAAGGUGACCAUACAAGACCUCCAAACGCAACACGUGUGGCACUUCCUUUGCGACUGCUGGCUGAGUGAUGACCAUGGAGAUGGCAUGACUAAGAAAACCUUCAAUGCUGCAAAGAAAAACGAGAUUGCCAGCUUCAGGAAUAUUUUCCAGAGCAGAACAUCGACUGGCUUCAGGGAUGAACACAUCUGGGUGUCCAUAGUGGAUCCUCCCUCACGUAGUCCGUUCACACGUGCCCAGAGGGUCUCUUGCUGCAUGAGCCUGCUCCUCUGCACCAUGGCCAUCAAUAUCGCCUUCUGGAACAUUCCUGUAGAUGGGGACUCGUCGGUACUUUUUGCAUUGGGUUCAUUGCGAAUCACCUGGCAGGAAAUCAUGGUUGGGGUAGAGAGUGGUCUCCUCAUGUUCCCAAUCAACAUCCUCAUCGUCACCAUCUUCCGAAGCAUCCGACCUCGCAUCAUUUCAAAAACUCAAAAAGACAACUGUGAGGAGACCUUUGGCCCCCCCGCAGUUACCAUAGCAACUAUUCUGAAGGAUACAGAGGAUGUGAUUUCUUUGGUGAGCAGAAGUCCAAGGAACAAGAUGUCAGAGAUGCACAGGCUGGAGUCCACCACUGACCUCUGCCCUGCCUUGGAUAGGGUGCAUGAGUUCAUACAACUUAUGCAAGGGGAGAGUGAGAGUGACCCCCACUGGGUGUACUGCAGCAAGUUCCUCCUAGCUGGUCUCUGUCACCUCCUGAUGGGCCUGGAUAAAUUGGACGGAAAGAACUUCCCGAGUCCACACGAGUACCAGCGGGCCCUGAACAUCACCAACUUGCUGGUCCGCAAGGCUGAGAUGGUCUUCAGCAGCCACCUGGCCUACUGCCCACCUCCUGUGAAGAAGAAGAAGAAGAAAAGGUCGGGCGGCUGCCGGCUGCCCUGGUGGUGUGUGUUCUUGGGCUGGUUCCUGUUGCUGUCCAUCAGUGGAGUGUCCACUUUCUUCACCCUGUUGUACGGCUUUCAGUACGGCAAGGAAAAGUCCAUCAAGUGGGUCAUGUCCCUGGGCCUCUCCCUCUUCCAGAGCAUCUUUAUACUGCAGCCUCUCAAGGUGAUAGGCAUUGCUGUGUUCUUUGCCCUGCUGUUGAAACCUGUAGCUGUGGAGGAGACUGAAGACACAGAGCAAUUGCUAUUAGGCAAGAAAAACAUUAUGCAGCUCACCUGUCACCAGAACAGGUUGGGGUGUAAAGGCUACUAGCUGUUGGUGAAGUAUUGUAAAUGCUGUGCUCAGAAAUUUCAUGUUUGCUUUUUAUCAACAAUGUUUUACGCAUCAUGUAAGAAGUCUGCAGCUCUUUUUCUUUUUCUUUAAUUAUGUCUGUAGUUAUCUGUAAACAACUGUUUGCUACCACGUUAGCCAUAACAACUCAAAAGAUGAUAUUGCAUUAGUGACGUGUUUUAGCUUUUUGUGCUGAAACCCAUUUUUUUGCCACCAGUUGGCAAAAAAAAUGCUUAUAGAGGUCUAGAGACACUUUGAAAAUCAAAUCACAUUGAAUCCCUGAAGCUAUAUUUGCUUCAAAAUAAAAUACAUAUUUUUCGAGCUCUUCACUUCAAAAGGCUUUUAUAAAAAAUUUAAUACAAAAUUAAUAAUUCUGAAAAAAAAUGGCAAAAAACAUCUAAGAAUAGAAUAGCAGAAUAAUCUUUAAAUAAACCUGAGAUGCGUGAAUGCAAGAUUUGAAAAAAAUAGCCUCUAAAAUUUCAUUUAACGCAUAAAUUGUUUAGUCCAAACUACUUAUUCAUAAAGCAGACAGAGGUAUCCAUUCCAUCUGGUUUCAGGCUGACUGCAGAGAGCUCUUACGUAAUGAUGCAUAUGAAACAGUGAAACUAUUUGCUUUGACAACUCUAAACUAGUGACCCUUUUAGUUUUUCUACUCCUCCAGAGUGACUUCUCUCUAUUAAGUGUAUCAGUGCAUCAUUCCUUCAGUUUAAGAGAAGUAAAGUACUGUGCAUCUCACUGCACUGUCUUCUCCAUUUAACAGAGCAACAAGACAAGUGUAGACGAUACUGUGGCAGGGACAAACUAUGAGGAGGCUGCAUUUGGCGGGAGAAGCUGUCUUCCGCAACGGGCACUGCUUCGGUCCAUGGCGCCGUCGCUUCUUAAACACUCUUUUGCACUUAGUGGAAGUUUUACUUUCUGAGUAUAAAAUUGCAUAACACAUUCUGGUGGUAUGUAUGUGUACAGCAUUUUUACUGCCUCAGAAAAGUUUCUGAAAUGGUGAGUCAGGGUAAAUGUUAAACUUGCAUGUCAUAGUGUUGCGUUUUCCAAGUCAUUUACAAUCCUUGAUGAUGUCUGUACAUGAAGAAAAUUUCUGGCUGCUUAUUUUAAUAAGCUUUUGUUCAUAUGGACGAUACACCGUUCAUUUCUUGUCAACAUACACAAUUGGUAGAAUCCAUUUACAGCUUCAAGAAGCAUUCGAGCAGGUGUAGACGUCAAAAACUGUAAAACCUAUUGUGACCUCUUUGAGUUAUUUUGAGGGUAAAAACUGUCUUCAAUCCAGUAAACAUAAUCAACAAGUACUGGAAUAGUAGCCCUGCAAAAAUGAUUGAAUGUCCAUACAGAUAUAUUAUAUCAAAAGUCUUCAUUAAUUUGUUAAUUUUACUUAUGUAAAUUUGGUUUUAAGGGGAGCAUUUUAUUUUUCCAUUGUUAUUCUUAAUGAUAUUUCACCUCACCAAAAGGGGGAAAAACUGAAUCCGUCUUGUUUUUUACUUGAAAAUAAUAAAACUUUACGAUAUUUAUUGUUGGAAGAAAUUAUUUGCUAUUCGCAACUUAGUGCUAAUAUUGGUAUGGUCAGCAUUCAAAGACAGUCAUGCUAACAGCCACACCCUACUAGUGUCAACAUGAGUAGUCAUCACAGUUUAUAAUCAUCAACUGUGCACCAACACGGACUUUCACUUUUAGAAGAGUGGGAAGGUACUUUUAUGUAAUUGCACUUAUGGGAGCUAAUGAUUAAUUGAUCACUUAUCAUCAUUUCAACUCCAUCACUGUAAUACAUGCUGAAGGUGCAUGUCAUGACUUUUCAUCAUACAUGCCUGCUUCUGUUUGAUUCAGUCUUUCCUCCCUGUGAAUGAUUCAUGUAACAGACCUAAUUACAUUCAGGUUUGUGCUCUUGGUUUGGGAAUACACACAGGUCUGCAGAUACUUUCAUGUCCUGUCUUAGACCAACCUGUGCUUUUAUUCGAUCAGAAACGACUGAUUUAUUUAUGGUUUUCAUCUAUUGAUACUGUAUGUAUUGUAUUGAGUGAGCCUGAAUA